AGUUCUCUCUAUCAUCCAUCACCACCUCAGCACACUCAUCUAUAUCAUCAUGCAGAUCUUCGUUAAGACUCUCACCGGCAAGACCAUCACACUUGAGGUUGAGUCUUCCGAUACCAUCGACAAUGUCAAGGCCAAGAUUCAGGAUAAGGAGGGCAUUCCUCCCGACCAACAACGUCUCAUUUUCGCUGGAAAACAGCUCGAGGAUGGCCGUACAUUGUCUGACUACAACAUCCAGAAGGAAUCGACUCUCCAUCUCGUCUUGCGCCUCCGUGGCGGCAUGCAGAUCUUCGUCAAGACAUUGACGGGCAAGACCAUCACUCUUGAAGUGGAGUCUUCGGACACUAUCGACAAUGUCAAGGCGAAGAUUCAGGACAAGGAGGGUAUCCCUCCCGACCAGCAGCGUCUUAUCUUCGCUGGUAAACAGCUUGAGGAUGGGCGCACGCUUUCUGAUUACAAUAUCCAGAAGGAGUCUACCCUUCAUCUUGUCCUCCGCUUGCGGGGUGGCAUGCAGAUUUUCGUAAAGACCUUGACAGGGAAGACGAUCACUCUCGAGGUCGAGUCUUCGGACACUAUUGACAACGUGAAGGCGAAGAUUCAGGACAAGGAAGGGAUUCCUCCCGACCAGCAACGGUUGAUCUUCGCUGGAAAGCAGUUGGAGGAUGGGCGAACUCUCUCCGAUUACAACAUUCAGAAAGAGUCUACUCUGCACCUUGUCCUUCGCCUCCGUGGAGGUAUGCAGAUCUUUGUGAAAACCCUGACUGGCAAGACCAUCACCUUGGAGGUCGAGUCGUCCGACACAAUCGAUAAUGUCAAAGCGAAGAUCCAGGAUAAGGAGGGCAUCCCACCGGAUCAACAGCGCCUUAUUUUUGCGGGCAAGCAGCUCGAGGAUGGCCGGACCCUUUCCGACUACAACAUCCAGAAGGAGUCGACUCUUCACCUUGUCCUCCGUCUUCGCGGCGGUAUGCAGAUCUUCGUCAAGACCCUCACAGGCAAGACGAUCACGUUGGAGGUAGAGUCUUCGGACACGAUCGAUAAUGUGAAGGCGAAGAUUCAAGACAAGGAAGGCAUCCCGCCGGACCAGCAACGCCUGAUUUUUGCGGGCAAGCAAUUGGAGGACGGUCGCACACUUUCGGAUUACAACAUUCAGAAAGAGAGCACCCUCCAUCUGGUGCUUCGUCUUCGUGGCGGAUUAUGAUCUAGAUAGUGACACGCGUUGUUGUUUGAUGCCCGAUGGCGACGUCUUUGUCAUCCAUUCACUCGUUUUGUAACACUACAUACUUGAAUUGCGAGUCUUGUUCUAUGAAUGACUGGGUCAUACGAUCAUGCAGCAGGGAGGUUAUGGAGAGUGAGGCUUCAAAGUAUUAUCUCUCAAGCCAGAAAGAGAUGACUGCGGUUCACAAUAGUCAAGAACUUGCCGUAUGACGGUGUUUCUGUUUGUACCAUUUCGGUAUGAACGAACAUAGCGCCAUGGUGUU